GAAAAACGUAUGGUGGUCUUCGUCGAAUCCACCGUAAUGGAUGACACAAACCUAGACCAGUACAAAUCCUUCACCAAAAUCAAAGACUCCUUGAUGACUUUUCGGGACGGCAAGGACGAUUUAACCGACAAAAUAGACUUUAUAAUCUGCCUGGGAGGUGACGGAACCCUGCUAUACGCCAGUCAACUUUUCCAACAAUCCGUACCGCCUGUGAUGGCUUUCCAUUUGGGUUCUCUGGGCUUCUUGACGCCGUUCCAGUUCGACAAUUUCCAGGACCAAGUGAAUAACGUUUUGGAAGAGAUAUGUAUUUGUUUGCAGAAAAUAAAAGUCCCAAAACAAAACGAACUUUAUCUCCACUAUACUAGUUCUGUAUUUUCAGAUCUCUACCUGGAUGGCAAACACAUUACCUCUGUCCAAGGAGAUGGCCUCAUUGUGAGUACUCCAACUGGCAGUACCGCAUACGCGGUCGCGGCCGGAGCUUCUAUGAUUCAUCCCAGUGUCCCUGCCAUUAUGGUGACUCCCAUCUGUCCUCAUUCUUUGAGUUUCCGGCCUAUCGUUGUGCCAGCUGGUGUCGAACUGAAGAUAUCAGUUUCCCCAGAUAGUAGAAACACCUCUUGGGUAUCUUUCGAUGGAAGAAAUCGACAAGAACUGGUGCAUGGAGACAGUUUGAGAGUGACCACUUCAGUUUACCCCGUACCUAGCAUUUGUGCCCAGGAUCAGAUAACGGACUGGUUUGAUUCCUUGGCCGAAUGUUUGCACUGGAAUGUAAGGAAGAAGCAGAAACAUCUCGACGAACUGACAGAUCUUACCCAUUCGAGCUCAUACGACACAUUGGACUCCUUGGAUAGGGAACUAUUGGAAAAGGAGGAGAAGUCAUAGUUGUUGCCUUCAUCCUGUUCGGUUGUUGUUAACCACUCUCUUUUAGAGACUUUUUUUUGUAUUUAUAUUCAUUCGCUUCAAAGUUACCUUUUGUAUAAAACACUUUUUUUUAAUUCAGGAAGUCGUUUAAGAUCCCCCAGCAUUUUAUCAAUGAAGUAUUUUAUACUAUACUUACAUACAUUAAGUUGUAUACUAAUUCAAUCGCAAUAUAGUUUUUUCUGAGACAAACGUCUUAUAUUCAGGAUAAAUUCUUAAAAUAUAUUUUUGUACAUUUAGGUUGAGGUAGGCAAUUUUUAGAUUUUUAAGGUUAGGAGUAGUUGAUUAUGCCGACUCUAAACUUUUGUGUAAUGAACAGGCACAUUUUUUAUGUUGUAGAGGACCAGUCUCUGUGCCAACGCAAUUUUCAUUAAAUAAUUUAAAGCUCUGA